AUGAAGGAAGUAGUUCUCAAGGAAGUGAUAAAGCUUAUGGAUGCUGGAAUGAUUUAUCCAAUUUCUGACACUGUAUGGGUGAGUCCAGUACAGACAGUUCCAAAGAAAGGAGGAGUUACUGUUAUGUUGGAGAGGUUGGCCGGACAUGCUUUUUACUGUUUCUUGGAUGGUUAUUGUGGCUAUAACCAAAGUCCAGUAGCACCAGAGGAUCAGGAAAAGAUAGCUUUCACAUGCCCCUUUGGAGUUUUUGCUUACAGAAGGAUGCCAUUCGACCUUUGCAAUGCACCUGAAAAAUUUCAAAGGUGUUUUUAUCGAAGAUUCAUCAAAGAUUUCUCAAAGAUUGAAAAGUCUCUUAGCCAAUUGUUGGUGAAGGAAAAUAAGUUCCUCUUCGAUGAAGCUUGCCUCAAUGCAUUUAAUGUGUUGAAAGAAAAGUUUACCACAACACCUGUUCUGACGUCGCAGAUUGGAAUCUUCCUUUUGAACUCAUGUGUGAUGCGAGCGCAUAUGCCAUGGGUGCAAUACUUGGUCAGCACCAAUUAUGCCGCUACUGAAAAAGAGAUGCUAGCAGUAGUUUAUACAUUAGAUAAGUUUAGAUCUUAUUUGAUAGGUUCUAAAGUGAUUGUGUUUACUGACCAUGCUGCUCUUAAGUAUUUGAUGACCGAGAAGGAUGCAAAGCCACAUUUGUUGCAUUGGAUGCUCCUAUUUCAAGAGUUUAACUUGGAAAUUAAAGACAAAGCUGGAGUGAAAAACAAAGUAGCUGAUCACUUGUCUAGAAUUCAAGACAAGAACUUACAAGAGGGACUGAAAAUAGAAGUUAAUGAGUUCUUUCCUGAUGAGCAAGUGAUGGCGGUUAUUAUGAGUCCAUGGUGUAUUGCUGAAUUUGAAGUGCCAGACAUUCUAUGGCAUUGCUAUGCAUCUGACUAUGGAGGACAUUUUGGAGGCAACAAAACUGCACAAAAGCUGUUGCAAAGUGGAUAUUAUUGGCUAACAAUCUUCAAGGACGCACGAGAGUUUGUGGAGAAAUGUGACAAGUGCCAAAGGACGGGAAACAUAUCCCGUAAAGAUGAGAUGCCCCUCAACUGCAUACUGGAGGUGGAGCUGUUUGAUGUUUGGGGAAUUGACUUUAUGGGACCAUUCCCUAAGUCAUAUUCUAAUCAAUACAUCUUGGUUGAUGUGGACUACGUGUCCAAGUGGGUAGAAGCAGUUGCUUUACCUACUAAUGAUGCAAAGGUGGUAGUUUCUUUCUUACGGAAGAACAUCUUCACCCGCUUUGGAGUUCCUCAUGCGAUCAUCAGCAAUGGUGGCACUCACUUUUGCAAUAAGCAAUUUGAAAACUUGCUUACAAAGUACGGCGUCACUCACAAGGUCGCUACACCACACCAUCCUCAGACUAGUGGACAGGUAGAGAUUUCAAAUGGAGAGCUGAAGAGGAUUUUGGAGAAGACAGUGGGCAACUCAAGGGAAGAUUGGGCCAAGAAACUUGAUGAUGCACUCUGGGCAUACAGGACCACUUUCAAAACACUAAUAG